CGCCAACAAGUAGUUUCUCUUCGGAGAAAGGUGGCUCAAGCUGGCCGCCCAGACUCAAUCCUGCUGCCGGGAGAACCUCAUCCGCUUGGAGACCGAAGCAGAACCACUUUCCUCUCGGGUUCCUUAAGUCAUGUCUGAGCCACAGAGAUGGGCAAGAUCGAGAACAACGAGAGGGUGAUCCUCAAUGUCGGGGGCACCCGGCACGAAACCUACCGCAGCACCCUCAAGACCCUGCCCGGGACGCGCCUGGCGCUGCUGGCCUCCUCCGAGCCCCAGAGCGAUUGUCUGACCGCCGCGGGCGACAAGUUGCAGCCCUUGCCCCCUCCACUGACGCAGCCACCAAGACCAUCUCCGUUGACCCCGGGCCCCGGCGGCUGCUUCGAGGGUGGCGCGGGCAAUUGCAGCUCCCAGGGUGGUAGCGACCUUCCUGGGGGCGGCCGCGAGUUCUUCUUCGAUCGCCACCCGGGUGUUUUCGCCUAUGUGCUCAACUACUACCGCACGGGGAAGCUACACUGCCCCGCCGACGUGUGCGGGCCGCUCUUUGAGGAGGAGCUGGCCUUUUGGGGCAUCGACGAAACCGACGUGGAACCCUGCUGCUGGAUGACCUACAGGCAGCACCGCGAUGCUGAGGAGGCGCUGGACAUCUUCGAGACCCCGGACCUCAUCGGGGGAGACCCUGGAGACGAUGAGGACCUGGCGGCCAAGAGGCUGGGCAUUGAGGAUGCAGCCGGGCUAGGCGGGCCCGAGGGAAAGUCGGGGCGCUGGAAGAGGCUGCAGCCCCGCAUGUGGGCUCUCUUCGAGGACCCCUACUCAUCCAGAGCCGCCAGGUUCAUUGCUUUUGCUUCUUUAUUCUUCAUCUUGGUUUCUAUCACCACCUUUUGCCUGGAAACCCACGAGGCUUUCAACAUUGUUAAAAACAAGACGGAACCGGUCACCAAUGGCACAAGCGUUGUUCUACAGUAUGAAAUCGAGACGGAUCCUGCCUUGACCUACGUGGAGGGAGUGUGUGUGGUGUGGUUUACGUUUGAAUUUUUAGUCCGUAUUGUUUUCUCACCCAAUAAACUUGAGUUCGUCAAAAACCUCUUGAAUAUCAUUGACUUUGUGGCCAUCCUACCCUUCUACUUGGAGGUGGGACUGAGUGGGCUCUCAUCGAAAGCUGCCAAGGAUGUACUCGGCUUCCUCAGGGUAGUGAGGUUUGUGAGGAUCCUGAGAAUCUUCAAGCUCACCCGCCAUUUCGUCGGUUUGAGGGUGCUUGGACACACACUUCGAGCUAGUACUAAUGAAUUUUUGCUGCUGAUUAUCUUUCUGGCUCUAGGAGUUUUGAUAUUUGCUACCAUGAUCUACUAUGCCGAGAGAGUAGGAGCUCAACCUAAUGACCCUUCCGCUAGUGAACACACACAAUUCAAAAACAUUCCCAUUGGGUUUUGGUGGGCUGUGGUGACCAUGACUACCCUGGGCUAUGGGGAUAUGUACCCCCAAACGUGGUCAGGGAUGCUGGUAGGAGCCUUAUGUGCUCUGGCUGGAGUGCUGACAAUCGCCAUGCCAGUGCCUGUCAUUGUCAACAAUUUUGGAAUGUACUACUCCUUAGCAAUGGCGAAGCAGAAACUUCCAAGAAAGAGAAAGAAGCACAUUCCUCCUGCCCCUCAGGCAAGCUCACCAACAUUUUGCAAGACAGAAUUGAAUACAGCCUGCAAUAGCACACAGAGUGACACAUGUCUGGGCAAAGACAAUCGACUUCUGGAACAUAAUAGAUCAGUGUUGUCAGGUGACGACAGUACAGGAAGUGAGCCGCCAUUAUCACCCCCAGAAAGGCUCCCCAUCAGACGCUCUAGUACCAGAGACAAAAACAGAAGAGGGGAAACAUGUUUCCUUCUGACUGCAGGUGAUUACACGUGCGCUUCUGAUGGAGGUAUCAGGAAAGGAUAUGAAAAAUCUCGAAGCUUAAACAACAUAGCGGGCUUGGCAGGCAAUGCGCUGAGGCUUUCUCCAGUAACAUCACCCUACAACUCUCCUUGUCCUCUGAGGCGCUCUCGAUCUCCCAUUCCAUCUAUCUUGUAA